AUGCAACUCACUUCCAUCAUCCUCCCAAUCAUUGGUAUGGCCGCUGCCGUCCAGGCCGCCCCAGCUCCCCAAUCAGGUGUUCCCGGCAAAUCUACCUCUAUCCCCACCUUCACUAUCUCCAACUUCUCCAACUCUGGCUCUCCACACUCCGCUCAAGUCUCCAUCUCUUUCGACUUGAAGAGCAAUCCGUUCGGAUACACAGCUAAAUGCUUUGCUACUCACCCAAUCGGUGCCGGUAGUGCCGGUUCCAAGGGCCCACAGGCUAACGUCGCCACGCCCAAAUACUACACCGAAUGCAAAUCCAACCAACCUGGAAAGAAAAACGGAUUUGGAUUCGUGUACGAGCCGAAGACCAAUACCUUCCUCCUUUCGGUCACUCAGUGGACCGGUGGUAACACACUUUCUGGAUCGAUCUCUUUCCCCAAUAAGAUCAAGACUCGCGUGGAUAAAAUCAAUCCUAAUGGAAACUAUAACUACUUGGAGUCCCCCAAGACGUUUGACAUCCUCUCCAACUUGCCUGUUGUUGCUCCUUAA